AUGGCCUCCACUGCUUCCCUCACCUCGCCCGCCACCACCCUUGCCUCCGCCUCCUCCUUUGCCGUUGCCUUUGCCCUGCUUGCGCGGCUGCGUGGCGUUGAGGGAGGAGGAGGAGGGUUGAGAGGUGGUGAGAUUGACGACAGGGGUGCGAAGUUUGACCUUUGUGUCGAUGAUCCACUGUUCGACGGAGCUGAGGUCGGCCAUGGGGUUGGCCUCGGUGAAUGCGUGUUGGCGGGAUUCAUAAUUCAGAGUGAGAUUGAAGAGGAGGCUGUGGAUCUGCAGAGGUUCGGAGAGGCCGGCCUGGCGGGCUUCGAGGCAGUCAGCUACUUCGCGCAUUCGUCCCAUAUAGUCAACAGCACGUUCACAAGUAGCGAGCGUGAUGGAGAAGAUUUUUUGGAAGAGAAUACCGACGGAGCUGAUAUCACGACGUUCAAACAUGGCGUGCAGUUCCGUCCAGAUCACGGAGGCGCGGAGUUCCCUGGCUUGGAAGCGACGCAUGAGGGUGUCAGGGAGGGCGCCGAGGAGGACGGUGCAGGCGCGGUUGUCAGCACCGGACCAUGCAAUGAGUUUGGGGGUAUAGGUUGCCAUGUCAGCGUUAUACUGAGCGACGACCGCAAGAUGAGCGUCUCGCCCAAUAACGGCUUGUGCGUAGGUCUUGGCUGCAGAGUCGUAGUCCGCCUUGCGGAUGAGGUAUUCACGACGUCGGUGGAGAAAGGUUUCAUCUACGGCGGCUUGGAGCUCGGGAGUGGAGGCGACUUGGAGUUCAGGCGCGGGCGGCUGCGGCGUCGGGGCCGCAGCGGCAGGGACUCAGGGAGGCGGCAGCGCGGGGCCGCGACUGGGGAGGCGCGGGCGGCGACGGCGUCGAGGCCGCGGCGGCGCAGGCGCGGGGGCGCAGAGGCGGAGGCGCGGGGAUGCGGCGGCGUGGGGCGGCGAGGGAGGGCGCGGGCAGCGGUGGUGUCGAGGUUGCAGCGGCGGAGGCGUGGGGACGCGGCGGCGUGGGGCCGCGGCGAGGGAGGGCGCAGGCAGCGGUGGCGUCGAGGCCUCAGCGGCGGAGGCGCGGGGACGCAGCGGCGGAGGCGCGGGGACUCAGCGGCGGAGACGCGGGGCCGCGGUGAAAGAGGGCGCGGGCGGCGACGGCGUGGAGGCCGCGGCUGCGGAGGCGCGGGGACGCGGCUGCGCGGGGCCGCGGCGAGUGAGGGCGCGGGCGGCGGCGGCGUGGAGGCCGCGGCGGCGAGGGCGCGCGGACACGGCGGCGCGGGGCCGCGGCGAGGGAGGGCGCGGGCGGCGGCGGCGUGGAGGCCGCGGCGGCGAGGGCGCGCGGACGCGGCGGCGCGGGGCCGCGGCGAGGGAGGGCGCGGGCGGCGGCUGGGUGAAGGCCGCGGCGGCGAGGGCGCGCGGGCGCGGCGGCGCGGGGCCGCGGCGAGGGAGGGCGCGGGCGGCGGCGGCGUGGAGGCCGCAGCGGCGAGGGCGCGCGGGCGCGGCGGCGCGGGGCCGCGGCGAGGGAGGGCGCGGGCGGCGUCGGCGUGGAGGCCGCGGCGGCGAGGGCGCGCGGGCGCGGCGGCGCGGGGCCGCGGCGAGGGAGGGCGCGGGCGACGUCGGCGUGGAGGCCGCGGCGGCGAGGGCGCGCGGGCGUCCACGCGGCGGCGCGGGGCCGCGGCGAGGGCGGGCGCGGGCGGCGUCGGCGUGGAGGCCGCGGCGGCGAGGGCGCGCGGGCGUCCGCGCGGCGGCGCGGGGCCGCGGCGAGGGAGGGCGCGGGCGGCGUCGGCGUGGAGGCGGCGGCGGCGAGGGCGCGUCCGCGCGGCGGCGCGGGGCCGCGGCGAGGGCGGGCGCGGGCGGCGUCGGCGUGGAGGCGGCGGCGGCGAGGGCGCGCGGGCGUCCGCGCGGCGGCGCGGGGCCGCGGCGAGGGCGGGCGCGGGCGGCGUCGGCGUGGAGGCGGCGGCGGCGAGGGCGCGCGGGCGUCCGCGCGGCGGCGCGGGGCCGCGGCGAGGGCGGGCGCGGGCGGCGUCGGCGUGGAGGCGGCGGCGGCGAGGGCGCGCGGGCGUCCGCACGGCGGCGCGGGGCCGCGGCGAGGGCGGGCGCGGGCGGCGUCGGCGUGGAGGCGGCGGCGGCGGCGAGGGCGCGCGGGCGUCCGCGCGGCGGCGCGGGGCCGCGGCGAGGGCGGGCGCUGGCGGCGGCGGCGUCGAGGCGGCGGCGGCGGCGAGGGCGCGCGGGCGUCCGCGCGGCGGCGCGGGGCCGCGGCGAGGGCGGGCGCGGGCGGCGGCGGGGUCGAGGCGGCGGCGGCGAGGGCGCGCGGGCGUCCGCGCGGCCGCGCGGGGCCGCGGCGAGGGCGGGCGCGGGCGGCGGCAGCGUCGAGGCCGCGGCGGCGAGGGCGCGCGGGCGUCCGCGCGGCCGCGCGGGGCCGCGGCGAGGGCGGGCGCGGGCGGCGGCGGCGUCGAGGCCGCGGCGGCGAGGGCGCGCAGGCGUCCGCGCGGCCGCGAGGGGCCGCGGCGGGGGCGGGCGCGGGCGGCGGCGGCGUCGAGGCCGCGGCGGCGAGGGCGCGCGGGCGUCCGCGCGGCCGCGCGGGGCGUCUGCGCGGCCGCGCGGGGCCGCGGCGAGGGCGGGCACGGGCGGCGGCGGCGUCGAGGCCGCGGCGGCGAGGGCGCGCGGGCGUCUGCGCAGCCGCGCGGGGCCGCGGCGAGGGCGGGCGCGGGCGGCGGCGGCGUCGAGGCCGCGGCGGCGAGGGCGCGCGGGCGUCCGCGCGGCGGCGCGGGGCCGCGGCGAGGGCGGGCGCGGGCGGCGGCGGCGUCGAGGCCGCGGCGGCGAGGGCGCGCGGGCGUCUGCGCGGCGGCGCGGGGCCGCGGCGAGGGCGGGCGCGGGCGGCGGCGGCGUCGAGGCCGCGGCGGCGAGGGCGCGCGGGCGUCCGCGCGGCGGCGCGGGGCCGCGGCGAGGGCGAGCGCAGGCGGCGGCGGCGUCGAGGCCGCGGCGGCGGCGAGGGCGCGCGGGCGUCCGCGCGGCCGCGCGGGGCCGCGGCGAGGGCGGGCGCGGGCGGCGGCGGCGUCGAGGCCGCGGCGGCGAGGGCGCGCGGGCGCCCGCGCGGCCGCGCGGGGCCGCGGCGAGGGCGGGCGCGGGCGGCGGCGGCGUCGAGGGCGCGCGGGGCGUCCGCGCGGCCGCGCGGGGCCGCGGCGAGGGCGGGCGCGGGCGGCGGCGGCGUCAAGGCCGCGGCGGCGAGGGCGCGCGGGCGUCCGCGCGGCCGCGAGGGGCCGCGGCGAGGGCGGGCGCGGGCGGCGGCGGCGUCGAGGCCGCGGCAACGAGGGCGCGCGGGCGUCCGCGCGGCGGCGCGGGGCCGCGGCGAGGGCGGGCGCGGGCGGCGGCGGCGUCGAGGCCGCGGCGGCGAGGGCGCGCGGGCGUCCGCGCGGCCGCGCGGGGCCGCGGCGAGGGCGGGCGCGGGCGGCGGCGCCGUCGAGGCCGCGGCGGCGAGGGCGCGCGGGCGUCCGCGCGGCCGCGCGGGGCCGCGGCGAGGGCGGGCGCGGGCGGCGGCGGCGUCGAGGCCGCGGCGGCGAGGGCGCGCGGGCGUCUGCGCGGCCGCGCGGGGCCGCGGCGAGGGCGGGCGCGGGCGGCGGCGGCGUCGAGGCCGCGGCGGCGAGGGCGCGCAGGCGUCCGCGCGGCCGCGAGGGGCCGCGGCGGGGGCGGGCGCGGGCGGCGGCGGCGUCGAGGCCGCGGCGGCGAGGGCGCGCGGGCGUCCGCGCGGCCGCGCGGGCGUCUGCGCGGCCGCGCGGGGCCGCGGCGAGGGCGGGCACGGGCGGCGGCGGCGUCGAGGCCGCGGCGGCGAGGGCGCGCGGGCGUCUGCGCAGCCGCGCGGGGGCCGCGGCGAGGGCGGGCGCGGGCGGCGGCGGCGUCGAGGCCGCGGCGGCGAGGGCGCGCGGGCGUCCGCGCGGCGGCGCGGGGCCGCGGCGAGGGCGGGCGCGGGCGGCGGCGGCGUCGAGGCCGCGGCGGCGAGGGCGCGCGGGCGUCUGCGCGGCGGCGCGGGGCCGCGGCGAGGGCGGGCGCGGGCGGCGGCGGCGUCGAGGCCGCGGCGGCGAGGGCGCGCGGGCGUCCGCGCGGCGGCGCGGGGCCGCGGCGAGGGCGAGCGCAGGCGGCGGCGGCGUCGAGGCCGCGGCGGCGGCGAGGGCGCGCGGGCGUCCGCGCGGCCGCGCGGGGCCGCGGCGAGGGCGGGCGCGGGCGGCGGCGGCGUCGAGGCCGCGGCGGCGAGGGCGCGCGGGCGCCCGCGCGGCCGCGCGGGGCCGCGGCGAGGGCGGGCGCGGGCGGCGGCGGCGUCGAGGCCGCGGCGGCGAGGGCGCGCGGGCGCCCGCGCGGCCGCGCGGGGCCGCGGCGAGGGCGGGCGCGGGCGGCGGCGGCGUCGAGGGCGCGCGGGCGUCCGCGCGGCCGCGCGGGGCCGCGGCGAGGGCGGGCGCGGGCGGCGGCGGCGUCGAGGCCGCGGCGGCGAGGGCGCGCGGGCGUCUGCGCGGCGGCGCGGGGCCGCGGCGAGGGCGGGCGCGGGCGGCGGCGGCGUCGAGGCCGCGGCGGCGAGGGCGCGCGGGCGUCCGCGCGGCGGCGCGGGGCCGCGGCGAGGGCGAGCGCAGGCGGCGGCGGCGUCGAGGCCGCGGCGGCGGCGAGGGCGCGCGGGCGUCCGCGCGGCCGCGCGGGGCCGCGGCGAGGGCGGGCGCGGGCGGCGGCGGCGUCGAGGCCGCGGCGGCGAGGGCGCGCGGGCGCCCGCGCGGCCGCGCGGGGCCGCGGCGAGGGCGGGCGCGGGCGGCGGCGGCGUCGAGGGCGCGCGGGCGUCCGCGCGGCCGCGCGGGGCCGCGGCGAGGGCGGGCGCGGGCGGCGGCGGCGUCAAGGCCGCGGCGGCGAGGGCGCGCGGGCGUCCGCGCGGCCGCGAGGGGCCGCGGCGAGGGCGGGCGCGGGCGGCGGCGGCGUCGAGGCCGCGGCAACGAGGGCGCGCGGGCGUCCGCGCGGCGGCGCGGGGCCGCGGCGAGGGCGGGCGCGGGCGGCGGCGGCGUCGAGGCCGCGGCGGCGAGGGCGCGCGGGCGUCCGCGCGGCCGCGCGGGGCCGCGGCGAGGGCGGGCGCGGGCGGCGGCGGCGUCGAGGCCGCGGCGGCGAGGGCGCGCGGGCGUCCGCGCGGCCGCGCGGGGCCGCGGCGAGGGCGGGCGCGGGCGGCGGCGGCGUCGAGGCCGCGGCGGCGAGGGCGCGCGGGCGCCCGCGGGGCCGCGCGGGGCCGCGGCGAGGGCAGGCGCGGGCGGCGGCGGCGUCGAGGGCGCGCGGGCGUCCGCGCGGCCGCGCGGGGCCGCGGCGAGGGCGGGCGCGGGCGGCGGCGGCGUCAAGGCCGCGGCGGCGAGGGCGCGCGGGCGUCUGCGCGGCCGCGCAGGGCCGCGGCGAGGGCGGGCGCGGGCGGCGGCGGCGUCGAGGCCGCGGCGUCGAGGGCGCGCGGGCGUCAGCGCGGCGGCGCGGGGCCGCGGCGAGGGCGGGCGCGGGCGGCGGCGGCGUCGAGCAUAG